AUGUACCCCUUGCGUCCGUCCAACAGCGACCCCUCGAGCUCGUCGGCUUCAGCCUCGAAGAGCGCCUCGUCGAGGAUGUUCUCUGCGUUCCGGAGAUCACUCGGCUCCUCGAAGAGCGCGAAAGAGCGGGAAGAGGAUAUCGACCAGCACGCGCACCCACCGCGUUCUUCGUCGCGCUCGCGCUAUCGUGAUGCAUCCCGCCCCACAGUUGAACAGAUUGCCAUGGGGCUGCAUCUGUCGCGGACACCUCACCUCCCGCCGCACCUGUCCCAUCUACCGCAUCAGCAUCAGCAUCACCGCGCACCGCCAUCCCCAUCCUCUUCGUCCUUUCAGCACUCGCCUCGCCCAUCCUACUCCUCCCGACGACACUCUCAGCCCUAUUUCCGCUCUCGUGCCGACUCAACCGCUCAACCGGCACCCUUCGAGUCCUCGUCGACCCUACAUCGCUUUCCUUCCGUAUCCCCCUCGCUCUCGUCUUCGCCUUCGCGGCACGCACACUCUCCCUCCCGCAGACGCUCCCGCAUGAACCCCCUUCCGCCUCCCCCUACCCGGUCCGCGCUCAAAAAAUCGACGGCCUCCACCAAAUCCGGCUCACUGACCACCCUUGACACGGCAGUGUCGGCUUCUUCGGCCGCGUCGUCCACCGCGCCCCCUACACCCACGUUCGCGCUAUCGGCAUUGCCAGGCAAGCUGCGGCUCAGUCGCUUCUUGCCGUUGCGGUCCGGGGGGAGUUUAGAAGGUAUGGGGGUGACGUCGAGUGAGGAGUCGGUGAGUGAGCCGGCCAGGAAGGCGGUGAGGUUUGAAGAGACAGCGACACAGCCUAUAGCCGUGCAUGUGUAG